GCUUGUAAUGAUCCAUAACGGCGGCCCCGUCCCCGUCCCCGUCCCCGUCCCCGUCGUCUCCUACAGGAUACGAUCAGCGCAGCCAAAACUGAAAUUCCUGAAGGCAAAAGCUUCAGAACAGCAGGUCCAGUUCAGAGCGAUGGCAACGACAGCUUACCAGAAGCUGCUGCAAGUUGGCACUAAGAUCGUCGCUGUUGGUAGAAACUACGCUGCUCACGCUAAGGAACUCGGCAACGCCGUUCCCAAGGAGCCCGUCUUGUUUCUGAAACCAACGUCGUCCUACUUGGAAAAUGGAGGAACAAUCGAAGUCCCACACAACGUGGAUUCUCUGCAUCAUGAGGUCGAGUUGGCGGUGGUGAUCGGGAAGAAGGCUCGUGAUGUACCCGAGUCUUCUGCUAUGGAUUAUGUCGGAGGUUAUGCCCUCGCACUAGAUAUGACAGCGAGGGACCUCCAAGAUGUAGCAAAGUCUGCAGGUCUUCCAUGGAGUUUGGCUAAAGGGCAGGAUACUUUCACACCAAUUAGUUCUGUUUUGCCCAAGACUGCAGUGCCAGACCCCCAUGAUAUAGAAUUAUGGUUAAAGGUAGAUGAUGAAAUACGGCAGAAAGGCUCAACCAAGGACAUGAUUUUUAAGAUACCAUUUCUAAUUAGCCACAUAAGCUCCAUCUUUACCCUCUUUGAAGGAGAUGUGAUACUUACGGGCACUCCCCCCGGUGUUGGUCCUGUGAAGCCAGGUCAGAAGAUCACUGCAGGCAUUACAGGCCUUUUGGACACAAACUUCAAUGUUGAGAAAAGAAAAGGGCCUGGUAAUCCUUGAUCUGGGGUCAUCAUUAUUCAUUAACCCCUUGUGGUUUUGUUUUAGGCUUAGCGCAGCAGGAGUUCUGGUGCUUAGAAUAAGAAAAAGAAUAGAAAAGCAACCUACAAACUCUUGCAUUAUUAGGAAUUUGUAAGGCAAUAAGCCACUUGUCAGUUUGUGUUCUGUUUGGGGAUAUUGAAUCAGUGCAAUCAAUCGAAGUGGCACUGUUGUUUCCAGUCCAACUUAUUUGCAUAUCUUUCUCUACAAA